GCGGAGCCUCGCGCCUGCCGGGGCGGAGCGGGGUCCCCGGGGGAUGUCACAGCGGCUCCUCGGAGCCCCCAGCCGCGUCGCCGCUGCAGCCACCGCCCGCGGGAGCCGCGACCAUGAACCCCCAGUGCGCCCGCUGCGGGAAAGUCGUGUACCCCACGGAGAAAGUCAACUGCCUGGAUAAGUACUGGCAUAAAGGAUGUUUCCAUUGUGAGGUUUGUAAGAUGGCUCUCAACAUGAACAACUACAAAGGCUAUGAAAAGAAGCCCUAUUGUAAUGCACUGCCAUCAUCAUUCUCUUUCAGAACAGGAUUUCAUUCCCAUUUGAUGGCUGCUCAUGGCCUACAGAAAAACAAAACAAGUUAAGUUUCUGACAAACAUCCAGGACCGUCCACAAUCUUCUCUACCUGCUUCUGUUUACCCUCCUCCUGCGCUGCCACAGUGGGCUGCAAGCUCCAAAGCAAACUCACCAAAUUUGAUAAUGUCGGAAUCCUUGCCUGUAGAAUGGGUGUUAGAAUAAACUUGACCUCAGAGGAUUAAGGAUUCAUUAGAAUAAUUAAAUAAGUUCAGCAGAGUUUCAGGCACAGAAUAUUUAAUAAAAGUUGGAAAUGAGUUUCAUCAUUCGUUAAGUACAGUGAUUUGACCAUUUGCCGUCCAUGUUAUGUGCCUUCCUGCCUAGGUAUUACUUUGAGCUGUAAGUCUCUGACUACCUUUGUGAAAAUGCUCUGAAUUUCUGUCCACUGUUUGACUCUUUGUGCAUUCAUUGUAGUUUUUACCUCAAAAAAAAAAUUACAUCCCUCAUCAAAAAGCUUGUGUUGUACUGUAGUUGUGUCUGUCUACCCACUCAAGGUGAUUUUCUGCUUAUUGGACCAUGUUGGUUCUCAGCCUGGAGCUGGAGCGGGUGGGAGGACCAGGGGAGGUCAGGUCAGCUUUGAGAGACUUGCUUCUGAAAGGGACUGUUCCUGGCAAGCAUUUAAGGUGUUGAGAGUGGGUGUCGCAAUGCCGCAGUGCGAUGCUGAUGUCAACCACCCGGAGUGAGCCUGGCCUCACAAGUUAGGGAUGCAGCCUGCAAUAAGGCUGCACCCA